CGACUCAGUGACAGAACCUUUCUGUUUCAUUCUUGUUUCUAACCGGCGAUAAAAACACUGUUGCGUGAAUUUCCGGUUACUUGCAUGACUUACUGCUAGCUUGCUCAAGUCAAUCUGAUUAAGGAAACAACUUCAUGCUGAAAUGAAUUCCUUGGCGCGGAAAAGGUUCUACGAUAAGCUACCUGUGUGGAUAGUGGAAGACCACCACCAUGUGGUUCAUCACAUCUAUCGAGCCAUUGCAUCAAGACAUCUUCCACUCAACAAUAUAAGACUGGUUCAUUUAGACUCCCAUCCUGACCUUCUUAUUCCUGUCAACAUGCCUGCUGACACGGUGUUUGAUAAAGAGAAACUCCUCAGUGAGCUGAGUAUAGAAAACUGGAUAAUGCCUAUGGUAUAUGCUGGUCAUCUGAGCUACAUGGUGUGGCUGCAUCCUUACUGGUCUCAACAGAUCAGUGAAGGAGAGCACACAUUUAAUGUUGGCAGAGAUUCAUCUACCACAACCAUCAGGUUGACCAGUACAGAGAACUACUUCCUCAGUGAUGGUCUGUAUGUUUGUGACGAGCUGCUGGAGAACUCAAAACGUCUCAGACUAAACAUAGUCAAUGUAAAUCCUGUCAAAACAUCAACUGGGCCACUUCCAGGGCAUGACACUGAGAGAGAUUCUGUGACGCAUUUAUCCAAAAAAGGUCGGACAGAUCUGAGUGAGGAUGGGGAACCUUCAUCUGGAACAACUCCUUCACUGCUGCUAACAGAGGAUAGCAACUUACAGAGAAAGAUUAGCAGCAAUUGCACAGACUUUGGAGAUGAUGAUAAAGAUGAAGGAUCAACUAGUUACGUUGUUAGGAGAUUAGCUACAUUUCUCAGUGAAACAGAUCCAUACAUCCUAGACAUUGACUUGGAUUUCUUCUCCUGUAAAAACCCAUUUAAAGAAAUAUACACGCAGGAAGAGUAUUCCAUCCUCAAGAAGCUCUACUACUUCAGAGAACCAAGGAUUGGUGCUGAUCAGGCAGAGCUGGAGGAGUGUGUUGAUCGCCGUAUACAUCAGUUAGAGGACCUGGAGGCAGCAUUCGCUGAUCUCCUGGAAGAUGACGGAGAACAGACAGUUACACGAUUGGCAUCUAAACCAGGCAUGUCUUCAUUAGGCCAACUGGUUUCCAGUUUGAAGGCAAGAAAUCCUUCACCUGACUAUGAAAUGGUUCACCAAGCAGGCCUGACCUGUGACUCAGUUGAGCUGCCGCACCACAUCAGUACCGAGGAGGAGAUUGAUGGACUGGUUUCUGCUGUGCAGCUUGUCCUAAAGGCUCUGCCCACACCGACUCUGGUGACUAUGUCAAGGUCUAGUCUGGAUGAAUACUGCCCAGCUGAGCAGGUGGAUUCAGUUCAAAGAAGAGUUCUGGAUGUACUAGAGGCAUUGUAUGGUGACCUUGAUGUGCAUAAAGACUACAAAAGCAGCAAUAAAGAUACUCAGGACUGCCAGCCAAGCACAUCUUAAACUGGCACAAACAAUUUAUCUUGAAUGUUUUAACAACUCAAACAAAUUUGGCUCAAAGUGAUAAAAAGAGUUAUUGUGAAUUGUCCGUUUCAAACGUUUUGUACUUUUUCCAGUUUUGGUCAUUUUGUCCCCAAGAUUGGGAAAUAAAAAUUGCUGUCUUUUAAGUGACGUUUUGUACCCUCGUCAGCAACUGUUGAUUUAAAUAAAUGUAAUUGUAUGAGCCCAAUAAAUAGAAUUGAUUU